UGAUAAAUAUACACAAACUAAACCCUAUGUUAUGUUAAUCCAUCCCCCAGACAUUGAUAUAUUAGCUAUUUUAACUGUCAUUCACCAAAAACACCUUUACUCUGUUGCGACUACUAGCUCCACAAUGCCUUUUUGGACACGAUUUUAUCAGGCAAAUCAGUGAACUGCUAAAAAGCUGUGAGCCGCUGUUUGUUUUCACUUUGAUGUUUUGGUGCUGGCGUCAUCAGACUCGCCCUAACGUUUGAACGUCAGCUCUAGGUCAAUACAUUUUUACUGCAAUGCAUCUUUCUUCGAGUUUAUGAUAAUACCUCAGUCAUGGCAGCGGAAAGGUUAAACUGUCCGGUGCUGUAUGUGUAUUUGUGUUUCCCUGCGUCGUCAGCCAGCUAAGUGAGUGUGUAUGCAGCCUCCUGUGGACUGUCAGUCAGCCGUCAUUUGGCUGCAGUAACUAUUAUUGGCAUGGAUGCUGUAUCUCUGUUUGUUAGGACAUAAGUUUGCUGUUCUUGCCCUUAUUUGUCUUAUUGACAACUAUCAUGGUGGUAGAGGUAGAGAGCUUCUUCGGUGUGUACAUGCUGUACUGCACCAACCCCAAAUUCAGAGGUCGGAUCUACAUCGGCUUCACGGUGAACCCCGAGCGGCGGAUCGGACAGCACAACGCGGGGAGCCACAGAGGGGGGGCCAAGAGGACCAGUGGCAGAGGACCCUGGGAGAUGGUUCUUAUCAUCCAUGGCUUCCCCUCUGAUAUCGCUGCUCUGAGGUUUGAGUGGGCGUGGCAGCACCCCCACUCCUCCAGGCGCCUGUCUCACGUCUCCCGGCGCUCCAAGAAAGAGUCCAGCCUGCAGUUCCACUGGCGCGUCGUCUCUAACAUGCUGCGGGUGGCGCCGUGGAGCCGCCUGCCGCUCACCACCCGCUGGCUCAAACAGGAGUACAGGAUGGACUUUGAGCCCAGUCUCCAGCCGCCCCUGCACAUCCCAAUCGCUUUUGGGAGCGUCAGAGCCAAGAAGAAGCAGCUGCUGGGGGAAAAGCCGGAAGAGCAAGGGACCGUGAGGUGUUCGCUCUGCAGAGGGCCCGUCAAGGCUUCAGAAAAGCUGAGCUGUUUCCAUCCGUCCUGUGGCAUGAGCAGCCAUUUGAUCUGCCUGGCCAAGCACUUCCUCAAGUCCGAGCCCUCCCACCUCCUGCCGGUGGAGGGGGAAUGUCCCGCUUGUCAUCAUUCAGUGCUCUGGGGGAGCCUUAUCCGCCAUAAAAACGGCUGCUACGGAGACCUGGAGGAGAUCACGCCGUCUUCAUCCAGAAGCCACUGGGCAGACGACCUGCAGAUCUGAAUGAAUGGAGCCUCUCAAUAUUUAUUACUUUCAACUUUUAAUGAACUGCAAUGCCGACUUGAAGCCAUCACUCAGAAUUAAGUAAUGUGUCGAACUGAUGAUGCCAUUUCUUGCGUGUGAAGUAUGAUUUUUAAAAUGUUUUUAAUUAAGUGUAUGUAUUUGAUGUAUUGAAUAUUUGUCUAAAAUGAUUUCUUUUUGUAUUUUGGGGUAAAUAAAUCAUGAACUUUUUUUCUAAAAUGCAUGAAUGUUUCCUUUCAAAAGCAAUAGUGUGAAUAGCUGGCCCAUAAUGUUGGGUGGAUAAUGCACACAUUUUGUUUUGUCCAUUCAAGGACAACACAUUCAGUUUGCUUAGACUGAUGUAAAAUAAAAAAAAAAAAAAAAAAAAAAAAAAAAAAAAAA